CCAUUGGAAGCAUCGUAGCCAUAAUCUUCACACUUAUUGGGAAACGUGGCCUCAUUAAUUGGGUUGUAGCACGAGGGUACGCAUAUAUUGCGGGCGGUGCCGUUGGAAUAUCUUACAAGGUCGAUGGCGAGGAAUAUAUUAAUGCUGGACGUCCUGCGAUCUAUAUAUGUAAUCACCAAUCCGCCGGAGAUCUAUUCGUUAUGGGAAGAAUAUUUCCCAAAAAUUGCGUCGUGAUCAGUAAAUCAUCAUUAAAAUUCGUUCCGAUAAUGGGCACAUUUUGUAAUGCCCUUCGCGCAGUUGACCCAUUUAUCGGUGGCGAACGAGCACGCUGUGGUGGAAGAACUGGUAAUGAAAAUUCCAACUUUGUGGAUAUGUUUGUGGAUGUCGCUGAUUUAUUGGGUGGCGGCGGAGGCAGGGAAGGUGCCGCCGCUGCCGUCGUUGUGCGAGCUGGAGUAGGUGGUGGUGAGGCUUUAGGUGUACGAGACGGCAAUGGCGGUGCGGCAGUGUUACGAUUCGGUGGAGUAAUCGAGUUUAAGCUAGCUGCGGCAGCUUUGCCAAGACUCCUGGGGAGUGUAUUUCUUGUUGGUAAAAUUGGAGGUGAAGGAACGGUCGCAGUCGCACGGUUACCUGUACUUGGAGCCCUUGGGCGCCCACCAGGCAAGGGCGGUGGUACCGCUAAAUCUGAUUACAUAGAAAGUAAAUUAAAUCUCAAACCACCGCGACUCUUUAAUUUUGGAACGCCACCAGCAAAAAGACCUCCAAGACCCAUAGGCAUUGGUGCCUGUGUGGCACCAUUAUUUCUAGCAGAACCAGAACGACUUCGAGACUCCCCACCUGAUGCGCUUGCGGAGGACUUGCCUAUUUAA